GAACAUAAUCAGUCUUCGACUGAGUUGAAAUAGUUCAAACUGUGCGCUCCAAUUGUAAAAUCAGAGCCGGUACUCCUUAAGUCGGAUUGCAAAACAGCUACAUUUGAAGUAAGGAAUACAAAGGAUUUUCUAUCGCCGGCAAAAUGUUCGCUCGCCCACUACAAAAGCCAACAGGAAAAGGCAAAAGCUUCCACGAUAGCGAAGCACCACAUCAGUAUUCGAUAUCCGAUUAUGGAUAUGGCAAAGAUGCUGUCAAAAUUUUGCAUGUUCAGAGGAAUGGCGCAGUGCAUUCGAUAAAGGAAUUUGAAGUUGGAAGCCAUUUGAAGUUGUAUAGCAAAAAGGAUUAUUUCCAUGGUGAUAACUCCGAUAUCGUGGCCACCGAUUCGCAAAAGAACACCGUUUAUAUAUUAGCCAAGAAAUAUGGUGUUGAGAAUCCUGAAAAAUUUGCUUUGCUUCUUGCCAGGCAUUUCCUACAAAAAUAUGCCCAUGUUGAGGAAGCGCACAUUCAUGUAGAGGAAUAUCCCUGGCAAAGAGUCAGCGCCGAACAAAUGGGUUGUGUUGGAUCCAACGGUCAAGAUUGCAAUUUUACCAAGGCCAAACACAAUCAUGCAUUUGUGUUCACUCCCACCGAAAUCCGCUAUUGUGAUGUGGUCCUAAGGAGAACUGAACCCAAACAGACUGUCAUAAGUGGCAUUCGUGGCUUGCGGGUCCUGAAAACCACCAAAUCAUCAUUUGUUAACUUUGUGGAUGAUGAAUUCCGUUCCUUGCCCGAUCAACAUGAUCGCAUUUUCAGCACAGUUGUCGAUUGUUCCUGGGAGUACUCCUAUACUGAUAAUGUGAAAUUCUGUCAUUCAUGGAAUGUGGUUAGGAAUACCAUCAUGAGGAAAUUUGCUGGCGAUACAGAAGUGGGCGUUGCAUCACCCUCUGUCCAACAUACCCUUUAUUUGACGGAGAAAGAGGUUUUAGACACACUGCCCCAUGUAUCGGUCAUUUCAAUGACUAUGCCCAACAAGCAUUAUUUCAAUUUCGAUACUAAACCCUUCCAGACUGUGGUACCCGGUGACAACAACGAAGUCUUUAUUCCCGUAGACAAGCCACAUGGCACCAUUUAUGCUCAAUUGGCUCGCAAAGAUCUUGUCAGCCAUUUGUAGAUGGUUUGGUUGGCAUUAUGUGAUGGAGUUGAUGAAUUGUCUUCCUCGUUAGCAAGAGAAAUAUUUAAGUAUUAUUUUGGUUAUGAGUAAGAAAUGAUUGUUAGUCUCUGGGUUGAGGAGUAUACAAUAAAGAAGUCUUUAAUGGUA